AUAGAAGGACGAAACAGCUGUAUGAUGUCCCUAUCAUCAAUGACAAGUCCUAGAAGGACGAAACAGCAGUAUGGUGUCACUAACAUCAAUGAGGAUUAUGUCCCUAACAUCAAUGACGAAUCCUAAAAGGUCGAAACAGCUGUAUGGUGCAGUAUAUCAAGUUUGGCUCUACCGUAUCUUACUCUCAAUUCGUUUUUGAAAUGAGCUAAUUUUUUGUUCGUCUUUUAUUCACCCAUUCGGCACCAGAUUUUUUACAAUUAGAAAAGUAAGGCUAUGCAAUGUAUUUUAGAGUAACACAAAAUGAAAUUUUGAAUACACUAGUUCUUAUCCGUCUAAUUUUGUCUAUAAUGAGAACCGAUUUUUCGAUCAUCACUUGAGACAUAAUGUAAAAAAAGAUAACUCUACCAUAGAGGAGUGGCCUACGUAAUCGGAUCACUCCGGUCAUGCGUACUUACAAGUUCCGGUGUUUCAAUAUUAACAUAUAAAACCACGAAUCAUCUACGUCGUACAAUGUCAGCUGUCGCAUUUGAGAAAUAGGCACAGUUACUCAAUUUGUCAGAGUAAGUUUAAAAACCUAUAGAGACAGGUAUUGAUUUCAACUGCAAACUGAUUUCAUUUUUUUUCAAUAUGCAAAUGCUUCAAAUGCUUGUAAGCGGAACUUGUUAAUGUGUUUUGGUUCGGUUAAAAAAAAUGGUAAUUGACUGUUGAACACAGAUUUUUUUAUAUAGUUCUGAUGACAUUUCAGUAUCAAUAGCUUGUUUUAUUUGGGUUUUUUUUGUAAGAUAAUAGACAUUGGUUAAAGAGUUAGAUAUUACCUCAUAACUACAGUGGGAAAUUAUUCAACAGGUAAGAAAAUCUAAGAAGUGACCAACUCAUAAGUCUCUUCUUUUCUACUUAUACGUUUGAUAGAGCAUAGAAAACAAUAGAUACUUCGAUACACAUUUUACUUUCGGUCAAUCACGUCUGUACUUAAUUUACAUGGUUAUGUAUUGUUUUAUUUUUUAAGUUUACAAUUAACAUAUCUGCUGACAAAAUUCGGAUAUUUGUAAGCCGAGGUUGUUAAUGGCCAUCAUGGAACCGCAACUCCUGGUAUCGUUGUUGUUAGUGUGUAUAUCCACAACUUUUGGACAGUACUGGGGAUUCGGCGGAUGUCCAAAGUGUAGGGACAACAAAGAGGUGCAUCCGAUGAUUUCCUACUGCAAAGCUACGUAUGCUCUAAAGAUAAAAGCUGAAGGAAAAACUGGCAACAGAUUCACCGCACAAGUUCUAAAAGAUUACAAAAAUAAUCUGCCUCAUACUAACGGUGGGCGAGUUAUAAUCAACACUGAUUGUGCUGAUUAUUUCGUUCUUAAGAAAUCCUACAUUAUACUUGCCAGUGGAUACGUAGGCGAUUAUAACCAGGUUUCCCUGAAUAUGCAGGCGUGUGACUUUUCAGUGUUAGCCAAGGACUUCGCAUGUGCACAGAGAACUGCUUUUGCUAGCGGUUACGACUGUAACUGUAUGGAUAUGUGUGUAGCACCAAAGAAGCCAUAUGAGGACGAAAUGAAAUACCGAACAAAAGAGAAAUGCUUUAACAAAUAUGUUUUAUGUGAGACGGCUCAAAACAACCCUUCCAAAUGUAUCAUGAAGAUAGUAUACAUGUAG